GGUAAUAGAAUAGCCAAUGUAAUUUGACACUUCAACUUGCUGUGCGCUCUGCUAGUUGAUUCAGUUACUCACCCACUAACGUUGAGCUCCUUUUCUGUGUUUGUGACGAGCAAAAGAAAAAAAAGAUUACAUAUUUUUUUAAAAACGAAGUGAAAAUAAAAGGGAUUUCUCGUUGCCUUUUUGCCAGGCUUGGAUCCGUAAUACGUCUUGCCUGGAAGAGGUUAAGAGGAAAGAGGAAGGGGUGUCCUUAACGGGACAUGUGAAGGGAAGGGGGGUGGUCAGAAGACUCCAGGUGUGUAAUGCACACAGGCAAGAGCUAUAAUCAAUGAGGAUUUAAAAGGGGCUUAACCAAGUACUUCCAAAGGAAUUCCGAAACACCCACAGCUGCUCUUUGACAGUGCGUCUCCUUAUUGAGCAGUGGGGGCUGUGGAGCUGACGCAGCAGGCUCACACAGCUAGUGGACCAUGUGUUAAGUAGCACAGACCUUUUAAUGGCUUCCAGGUAGAAACCAAGGAGAGACAAUCAAAAUGAACUCUAUACCGUCUAUGGACAGGCACAUACAGCAGACCAACGACCGUCUGCUGUGCAUAAAACAGCACUUACAAAAUCCAGCAAAUUUCCAGACGGCGGCGACCGAGCUCCUGGACUGGUGUGGCGAUCCGCGGGCCUUCCAGCGCCCCUUCGAGCAGAGCCUGAUGGGCUGUCUGACGGUCGUCAGUCGAGUUGCUGCCCAGCAAGGCUUUGACUUGGAUCUGGGAUACCGGCUCCUGGCUGUGUGCGCCGCAAACCGGGACAAAUUCACUCCGAAAUCGGCAGAAACCAACACCUGCAGGAGAUGUCAGAGUGAUUCAGCCCUCCUGUCGUCGUGGUGCGAGGAACUGGGGCGUCUCCUGCUCCUCCGUCACCAGAAGAACCGCCAGAACGAGCCUUCAGGGAAACUACCCAUGCAGCCCCCCAUGAGCUCCAUGAAGCCCCCACUUCCACAUGGCGAUGGGUCCUUUCCUUACGACUCGGUUCCCUGGCAACAAAAUACCAACCAGCCCCCUGGGUCUUUGUCUGUGGUAACUACAGUUUGGGGUGUUACAAACACGUCACAGAGCCAGGUGCUGGGCAAUCCCAUGGCAAACGCCAACAAUCCCAUGAAUCCUGGUGGAAACCCCAUGGCUUCUGGCAUGACUGGAAAUAGCCCUGGUAUCAGCUCUCCUCAGUUCCCUGGCCAGCAGCAGCAGUUCCCUUCCAAAGGGAGCUCCAGUCAGCCGUACAUGCAGCAGGGCAUGUAUGGACGACCCAGCUAUCCCGGAGGGGGAGGGUUUGGGGGCAGCUACCCAGGAGGUCCCAAUGCCCCCGCUGGUAUGGGCAUCCCCCCUCACACCCGGCCUCCCGCGGACUUCACUCAGCCCGCCGCUGCAGCCGCCGCCGCCGCCGUCGCGGCCGCCGCUGCCACGGCAACCGCUACCGCCACCGCCACUGUGGCAGCUCUGCAGGAAACCCAAAACAAGGACAUGAACCAGUACGGGCCGAUGUGUUCCUCUUUCCAGAUGGGACCAACCCAGGCCUAUAAUAACCAGUUCAUGAACCAGCCUGGGCCCCGGGGUCCCCCUUCCAUGCCAGGCAACAUGAACCCUGCCAACAUGGCCACAGGCAUGAACGCUUCCAACAUGAGUGGGCCUCCCAUGGGCAUGAACCAGCCCCGACCCCCGGGGAUGAGCCCCUUUGGGGGUCAUAACCAGAGGAUGCCCCAGCAGGCCUACCCAGGCCCCAGACCUCAGUCCAUGCCUAUGCCAGGGAUGAAAAGGCCUUAUCCUGGAGAGCCAACAUAUGGAAGCCAGCAGUAUGGACCAAACAACCAGUUUCCUAACCAGCAAGGACAAUACCCCACCCCCAACCCUCCCAGGCCACUGCCAUCCCCCAACUACCCUGGCCAGCGAAUGCAGGGUCAGCAGAGCGCAGGGCAGUACCCCCCGCCCAAUGUGGGCAUGGGCCAGUAUUACAAGCAAGAGCCAUUCAAUGGUCAGAAUAACAACUUCUCUGGAAGUGGAUAUACAUACACUCAAGGCAGUCUGAAUGGGCCUCCGAGGCCUGUAGGAAACUACCCCCACUCGCCUGUACCAGGAAACCCGACCCCUCCCAUGACUCCAGGAAGCAGUAUGCCGCCAUAUUUGUCGCCGAAUCAGGACGUCAAGCCACCAUUCCCACCAGAAAUUAAACCAAAUAUCACCGCUCUCCCUCCUCCUCCAAAUGCAAAAGGGAAAGUUCACACUUUCUCUCCCUCUUCGAUCCCAGCCAACCCCAACGACGAGCUCCGGCUGACGUUCCCUGUGAGGGACGGUGUGGUAUUGGAGCCCUUCCGGCUGGAGCACAACCUGGCGGUCAGCAACCACGUCUUCCACCUGCGGCCGUCUGUCCACCAGACUCUGAUGUGGAGGUCAGACCUGGAGCUCCAGUUUAAGUGUUAUCAUCACGAAGACCGGCAGAUGAACACGAACUGGCCAGCGUCGGUGCAAGUCAGCGUAAAUGCCACGCCACUCACUAUUGAGCGAGGUGACAACAAGACUUCCCAUAAACCCCUUCACCUCAAGCACGUGUGUCAGCCGGGAAGAAACACGAUUCAGAUCACUGUCACGGCCUGCUGCUGUUCGCACCUGUUUGUGCUGCAGCUGGUUCACCGGCCCUCCGUCCGCUCUGUCCUCCAAGGCCUGCUGAAGAAGCGCCUGCUGCCCGCCGAGCACUGCAUCACGAAAAUAAAGAGGAACUUCAGCAGCGUAGCAGCAUCCUCGGGCAACGCCACACUAAACGGGGAAGACGGAGUGGAGCAGACGGCCAUCAAAGUGUCUCUAAAGUGUCCCAUCACCUUCCGGCGGAUUCAGCUUCCAGCAAGAGGCCACGACUGUAAACACGUACAGUGUUUUGAUUUGGAGUCCUACUUGCAGUUGAAUUGUGAACGAGGAACAUGGAGGUGUCCUGUAUGCAAUAAAACUGCACUACUAGAGGGCCUGGAGGUCGACCAGUAUAUGUGGGGCAUCCUGAAUGCCAUACAGAAUUCAGAGUUUGAGGAGGUCACCAUCGAUCCCACGUGUAGUUGGAGGCCGGUGCCAAUCAAAUCCGACAUGCACAUCAAAGAAGACCCGGAUGGACCUUUGGCCAAGAGGUUCAAGACCAUGAGCCCCAGCCAGAUGAUCAUGCCCAAUGUAAUGGAGAUGAUUGCCGCCCUGGGGCCAGGUCCCUCUCCAUACCCAUCGCUACCUCCUCCACCUGGGGGCAACAGCAGUGAAUACGGCAGCCAGGGCAACAGUUACCAAGGGCAUGGAAAUUUCGACUUCCCCCAUGGAAACCCUGGUGGAACAUCGAUGAACGACUUCAUGCAUGGACCACAGCUGUCUCACCCGCCUGACAUACCUAGCAGCCUUAUGAAUCCAGACAAGCCACUCAGCCACAACAUGCCUGACACCAUUGCUCACCCCGGCAGCGCUGAUCAGUCCCAUAGCUCCAUGCAGCAGGGUUUGCACGCCCCUCCUCACCCCAGCAGCCAAUCAGGGCAGCCAUUGCAUCACAGCGGUCCUCCUCAGCCAUCACGGCCGCCACCGCCACCCCAGCCCGGGCCAAACAGCCAUCCUCACAGUGACCUGACCUUUAACCCCUCGUCUGCCUUAGAAGGUCAGGCUGGGGGGCAGGGAGCCCCUGACAUGCCGGAGCCCUCUCUGGAUCUGCUUCCAGAGCUGACCAACCCAGACGAGCUGUUGUCCUACCUGGAUCCCCCUGACCUCCCGAGCAAUAGCAACGAUGACUUGCUCUCCCUCUUUGAAAACAACUGAAGCUUCUGCCCCCGAAGGCCCGUUCAAGCUGGCUGGUGUCAGCCCCCAGUCCGAACAGGAGCUCAGUACCCGACGAAAACAGAGAUGCACUCCCUUACUCUUCUUCCUCUAUGAAUGAUCUGGUCAGCCAGCUCCACGUGACUCAGAGUUGUGGUCAACACACACACAAACACAGAGGUGACAGUCCUGUCAGCUGCCUAUUUGUCAUCUGUGAACAUUAAGAAAAACUGUGCAGCUAUAUUCAGCUCAUUUUAUGUCGCAUAGAGAGAUUUCGUUGUGUACUUUAGGAAAGUGUUGUAGCAUUUUUUGUUUUGUUAUUUUUAAAUCAUUUUAACUAAAAACAUCUGCCCAUCCUGGCCAGUGUCUUGAGAUCCCUUUGAACUUUGUUCUUCCAUUCUUUGAAACUGUGGCUUCCCAAGACAUCCAACUAAAUAAUAGUAUCACUGGUCCCUGCUGUGAGCACCAUUUAAAAGCACAAGCGGUUAUACACAAUUCAAAACUGAUUCUCAAAGGGAAGAACACUUUUUAACACAGUCAACAAGAAUUGCCCAUUUAUUUUCUAUAUGUGGGCCACACAAGGUACAUUUGAAGAUUUUUUUUAUAAUGUUCCCCAUGCAAAGAAUUCACAAAGAAGUUCUUUGACACACUUCAAAUGUUAAAAUCCUCUCAUAAGCAUUGGAAUCUCAUUCUCAUUUUGAUGCAGAUAAGGGAAAAGCAAUCGUUUUGAAAGAGUAAGUGUUUUGCUUUUUUGUUAUGUUUUUUUUUGUGUGUGUGUUUUCAAAGAGACAAAACACCCCAUCUUCACUGCGCAAAAGAUGACAGUCGGGAACACAGGGUGGGGCAGUAGUUCCUUGUCUUGGAGGGCAAGUGAACUUUUACCUCCGAUCAGGUUCUGUGAUUAGCUGGAAUAGGCAUUUAAACCCCAAACAGAAACGAAAAUGCAGCUUUUUUUGUACAAGACUGUUACAUAGUAGCCUAGCUGCUAUCUCAACCACCCAGGAGAGUUGAAGUGAAAUAAACAGCGAGAAGAUGAAAUAGACAUAAUAGGGAUAUUAUUCCUGCCCUGUUAGCCCUCUAUGCCAGAGUCUCUGUACUGCAGCCUUAGUUAGUGCUUCUCUUAUGUGGUCUCCUCUCCUGCAUGAGCCUCAAGUUGCUCCCGUGCCCAUUGUGUGACCUUUGUCUCUCUCCUUGAUGAAUUAUGUACAGUAAGUCGUAUAAAAAGUGCAUGUGUGCCAAUUUUGCCCUUGUUAAGUGAUAUUCUGAACUAAGACAGUGUGCUUUUUCAUCAAUGACUUUAACUGUAGAACACGUUUUAAAAGAAAAAAAAACACUAACUUUUCUCAGAAGGGAUUAAUUUCUGGUAUUUGCGACGUAUUGUUCAUUUUUGGAAUUAUGAUUAUUGUUGCUGUUGUUAUAAUUUUAUUUUGUCUGUUCUUUUGUUCUGUUCUUUCUGUGCUGCAAAGGUUCAUCAUUGAGAUCACCCUUGGGAAAUUGCUUUAUAUCACCAAAGUUAUCUUUGUAACAUUUUGGGGUUUUACUCUUUUAUUACAAAGAUGUUUUUUAAGAAAAACGAACACAAUCCACCACUGCUGUAGAUGCAUUAAUACUGGGUGGUCCCCAAUAUUUCUGUAGAUAUUUUUCAAACAGUUGAUUGUCUUUUUAUUUCUGGUAGCAGUAUUGGAACUGUAAAAGUCAUGUAGAGACAUUGCCAUUUUGAUUUUCUAUUUCAAGGUUUAACAGAAAAGCGCUGUUCAGUAUGCAAAUUUAUUAUUUUAAACAAAAAGGCUAUUGUAAAUACCUUUGUGAAUAUUUUAGUAUUGUCUUUGAUAAUAUUAAUCAUCUUCAUGAUUGUUCAUUGUUGUUAUUCACUACUUGUCUGGUAAACUGUUUCCCCUUGACAGAAGUCCUAAAGUAUAAUCCAUCUGAAAAAAAUGUUUCCAUAAGCUAUUUGGUAAAAGUUUCUUUUCUUAUUUCAUGUUUUUUUCAUACCGAACUACAACAGUAGAGCUCAUGGAAAUUGGCAGGCAGGUGUAUUUAUGAUCUUCAACUAUUGCUAAAAAGAAAGAAGAAAACCAUAAGAGUUUGGUAUAGUUUUAUAGAAUAAAAGCCUUACAUUUUCAGAAUAAUUAGUGAUAUUCACGAGACAGAGGUGUUGGACGUUACACAAUUGUAAUCUUACUGUCACCCUCUUGUCUAAUUAUAAGACUUUUCAUUUUUCAUAAAGAGCUAUUGGUUUCGGAAACUGUGGUAUCCUUUUGCUAAAUAUAUUAAUUACAGAAUUGGAAAUAUGAUGGCAGCAGAAUUGACCUUACAAUUCAUUGACUAAUGUGAUAUUUUAAAAGAAUGUUACAGCCUUUCAUUUAAAUAAAAUCUAUGUAAUGUUAUUUUAUUAGUGUUCUAGAAAAUAGAGCUUUUUAAAAGCUGAAAACCAUUUAAAUUUUAUAUCUCAUAUGACAGAUUGCAUAUGAUUUUCUGUUUUUUUACAUAAUAUUUUGUAAUGAAAUGCAAGGCUUGUAAUAUUCAUUUGUGGCCAAAAGCAUACAGUACGUAUUUAAAAAAAAGAAUCUGGAAAAGGAUCACAUUAACCAUUUGAAAUCAUACAACGUGAACGUACUGGUCAUUUACGUUUUGAAGAACAGCAUGGUAAAGAUAUCUUAUUGGUGCUCACUUUAUUAAGUGUAAGAAACCUACUCUGUAACCAUCUUUAAGGCAAAUGAAUGGUCUGAUUUUUUGAAGAAAUGCACUGCCACAUUGCUUUAUGUAUAUGUAUAAUUUUACAUAUGCUCACAUUGAAGUAUGAGCCUUUUCCAUGUGAUCAGCCCCUGCGCACUGUAGUUGCACAGUCGUGUGUCUACAGGAAGGUCUGAGAAGAGAACCCUGGAGGGUUGCCCCCCCCCCAGAAGAGUGGACUGAGCUGCAAGACCCUACCAUGCUGCAGUGGGGGAGGGGGGGUGGAGGGAUGUCUGUACAUAUGUAAAUGAUGAAUAGAGACUUGUUAACAGAAAUGUAUUCAUUUUCCUUGGGAAUGUGCAUUGUUUCUUUAGAAUUAAAAAAAAAGCUUGCAAACCCCUAUCAGAAGUGACUCGAUGUGGAAAAUGAAUCUUGUUUGUUAGCAUCUGUGGAAUCUCUCAGCAUUUGUUCACCUAUGUAAUAUACUUUAACCUCUCUUUUGAGGGGGACUGAAAAAAAAACAACCUUUGUUUUACCUACAUGUAAUAUUUAGCCUACGUGUAUUAGUCUAUCACCUGUGUAUUUUUAAGGUGCUACAGAAAAAUAAUAAUGAAGAAAAUACUGGGAGACAGAGGGAGGGGUGGGGAAGGGAGGGGGUCCCACAAGAUUGUAACCAAAUCCAUAGUUUGUACAAUUUUUGAUAUCAUGAUCAGACAAAAACGAAAAAAAAAAAUUAAAAAGGUACAAUCUGAGGCGAUACAUGCAAAAGUGACCAUUGUCUUUUUGUUUGUACAUUAUGUACAAUCAUUUCAUAUUCUAAACUGGUCAGAAAAAAACUAAUUGUGAUUUUUAGUCUUGCAAAACUGUAUGUAGUUAGAUGAUGUGACAACCUAAUAUUUAUCUAAUAAAUAUGUAUUCAGAUGAAACCUGUA